AUGGACCCAGAAUUUGAGCCGAAGGAGCUUGUGCGGCGGUUUUCCGAACAGGUGCGGGACAAACUCCAAGAGAGCGGUUCUCAGGACGACCAUGAGUUGGAGAGAUGCCUCACGGAAACGCUGGAAGCAAGGGACAGCAAACGGAGAGCGCAAAUAGAAAAAAUCUACAACUAUCAACGCUCGUCAAGCGAUGAGGAGCGCCUGAAUCUGAAACACUCGAGGCAUGCACUCGAGGCAGCUCUCGAGAGCUUUGGCCAGACCGUCUCAAAAGACCAGAAAAAUACUCUUGCAGUAAAAAUAUCGUCAUGGCAAGAUGUGAAAGCGACAAUUGAAAGGGUUCAGGCAAGUUGGGAACAGAAAAGGGACAACAGCAAGUUCAGGCGAGGUGCCGAGUACCUGAGAAGUAUCUGCAACACUAUUGACAGCCAUUCUGCGGUCCUAGAGAUGCUUCCAUCAAGCAAUGACUAUGCGUCAGUGCUUUGUGGUGGUCUAACCACGGUGGUAAAGGCAUCUGCCAACUACACAAACAUUGUUGAGACGUUGCCGAGAGCGCUUUUGGAGAUUAACAACAUCGUCGCCGCCGUUGAGAGAGAGAUCAGAAUUUUCGAAGCGCCUUCCACGAAAAGCUUGACGUGGAGGAUGUAUGGACGGAUUUUCACGCUCCUGACUCACGUGGUGGAGUGGUACACUCAGCGGUGGUCUCAAAGACUCUUGAGGAGCUUCAAUGAGAAUCUGGCGGAGUUCUUUGAAACACAGCUAAGGCAAAUCAGACAGGACUCGGACUUCAUCCGCCGUGACAUCAGCUUACAGGCCCAUACCGAUGCACGUCUGUCUCGGCUCUACAACGAAAGUCUUGACGACAAGAUAAGCUUCAUGAUGACUUUGGAAGCAAGAGACAGGAGAGCGCGAGAAUCAAUGAGAUAUCGCUAUCAAGACUUCAAGGAGCUCAUGGAUGCAGAGCAGAGGAAAUCGCUCGAGAACACGGGCAAACAACAGGAUAUUCUUGCCAUUGUUUGGACAGGCGUCCGCACACGAUACACUGGAGACGCUAUGUCAGAAAUACUGGAAGGAAGGGUUCAAAAUCUUCCUGUGGGAAGCGCAGCCACUGUCGUUUCGGAAGAGGAUGAUGUCUCAUCCUUCAUCACGUCUUCGUCAACAUCUCACCAGAAUACCUCAUCCGAUAAGGAAGAAGAAAGAGUUGAAGCCGUCUCUACAAGAGAGCUGGUGCUGCUUUCCUCGGCUCGUCUCGAGGAUUUCUUCGACCGCGACAAGGUCCAGCAGUAUCUCGACUUCCCUGCGUCCUUUUACGUUCCUUCAGACAUUUCUAUCGUGUCCUACAGGAUGACACACUUUCUCGCAUAUCCGGAAAGUAUGCUUCUCUUGCCCGGGAAGCCGGACUUCCGGUUGUGUCCUACACUUGCAUAUUGCCUCACGAGGCACCACAAGAAGACUGGAGGACAAGAGAAACCGUGGAGCUGA